AUGGAGGAUGUUGAGGGAGCGGCGGCGGUGGCCGUGGAGGGAGCCGGCGGCGGUGGUGGAGGGAACGGGGUGGGAUGUCGGGCGGAUGUUGUGUACGUGCGAGGGGAGGGUGCCGAUGUGGAGAAUGUCGGCGUGGAGGAGACGCACGUGGUCGGCAAUGUGGUUGGCGACGCGAAGGAGGAGGAUAACGCCGCGGCCCCGACGCCGACGGGCGUGGAGACCACCACAGGGAACGCAGGGGUGGAACGCCGGGGUGGAGCGGUAGAGGCGGGCCGUCAACCGGUGAUCGGCCAUCUGGCGCCUGGUCGGCAUGGGUCGUUGCCGUCGGACAACGAGGCCGACAAGAAGGGUGCGAAAAGGGCGGGCGGCGGAGAUGAUGCGUUGAGCUCGAAGCGGAGCAAGGGAGCCGAUGGGAGCCGCGGCGUCGGCCAGGUGGGUCCAGGCGGCUCGCGGAGCAAGGGAGCCGAUGGGAGCGGAGGUACGAGCGUGGUCGACCAGCUCAAGAAGAACGGGGCCAAGGUGAUAAGGACGCACAGCAAGGGCGAUGGAAUCAGGAGUGCGGAGGGGGGGCCUCCUGCCCGACCAGGAUUGCCGCUCAAGAGGCUGGACCAACAGCCCCGCCAUUGGUCGCCGGAGAAGCCGGCCAGUCUAGCGAACCGCACCAACGGCGAUAGAUGGCGGCGCCAAAAACCGUCAAGGGACCGUACCGGCGGAGUGGCGGGGAUCACGUCGAUCCCCAGCAAACCCCCUGCGGCUAGCAGCGCGCCGGUCGCCCCGUCAGCCGCCAACAAUGAUGGGCCGUCCCUUGCGGCUACUCCAGCACCAGCAGGCACGUCUGCCGCCAAGGUUGACCGCGGUGAAUGCUGCGGCUAA